AUGGGGAAGAAGCAUCUUAGCAUUAACUCUCUGAGUUAUCAAUCAAGAAAUGACGAAGAAAACGAAGAAGACAACAACUGCAAGAACAGUCUCUUCUUCGGAUUGUUCGACGACUCUGAAUCCACAAGGCUAAGAAGUGGGAGUAUGAAGAGACAAUACAGCGACAUGGGAGAUAUCUACCACAGAGUUUAUGAAGAACAUCAUGCUGAUGCUGAUUAUGCUGAUGAUAAUGGUGGUGAUGAUGAUGAGGGAUCGAGGAUGGACAUGAGAGUGCUGAUGCUAUUAGAGUAUAUGAGAGAGCUUUACGUGGGGCAACUUCAGCUGCUGAAGAAGAUGUUUCCAGGUGUAGCUAAAGACGAGUUUCUUGGUUUCUUCAACAAAAUUGGAGAUGCUAUGUCUCAAUUCAAACAAGAUUCUCGUCCUCCUGCCAAGUCAAUGACUAUGCAGAGGAGUCUCAGCGCUCGUUCACCACGUGUCACCUUGAGAAGUGUCAAUUUGGGCACACCAGAUUUAAGAAAAGGAAGGUUUAAAGUUACAACGGUUGACGCCGGAGGUGCUCCAGCCGGUGGAGCUGGUGGUGCUGCCGCUGGAACUAGUGGUACUGCAGGAGGAGGUAAAGGUGGCUCGGCGGCUGGUCAAGGCCAGACCAAGAAGUAG